CAAUUGGAUGAUGCAUUGGCUACAAAUGCUGCUUCCACAAUAAGUGGCACAAACCAUUUGUUUUCAUCUACGGUUAGACCAACCACUAAUACAAACACUAUCCUCUCCCUUGGCCCUUCACCACUUUCUUCUAAACUUUUGCCCAAAAGUUUAAUAGGAAGAAGUGAUGGAUGACUCUUUUGUCUCUUUACUCACAACCAUUUAGUGCGUUUUAUCCAUCAAAGACUAAUUUCUCUAAUUAUCAUCUCUAGCAGUCGUUCUCAAACUCUAGUACACUACUCUCCCCUGGUUGGCAGAGCUAUAGAGAACCUGAAACCAUGAUAAAAUGGGACUGAAUUCUUUCCUUCAUUUGCCAGUUCCUCAUUAAAUUCUCUUGCAGUGAAUCUCCACAUGUUCAAGAGAAGUUAGGGUUUCUAAUUUUGUAAACAUAAGACGCCAAAAAUGUUCUCUUCAACCAACAAUAUCAACCCUUUUUCUCACCUUCCUUCUUCUUCUUACCAUCCCCUAGCUCUUCCUCCUCCACCUCCUCUUUUAAGUCAUGACUCUAAUGACAUUUUCCUUAAUCACCACCAUGAUCUGGUGUCUGCUAGUUCAUUGUUGCCACCUAACGAGUACUCUUUAAUUAACAUGGCACUGUUAAAUAAUGCCACAAUGAUUAAACAGGAUGGUGUUAGUGGACUUCAUGGGGAAUGUUUUAGUGCUUCAGGUUUUAGUAUUCCUGCCAAGAAGCCUGUAAAGAAAGAUCGACAUAGCAAGAUUUGCACUGCCCAAGGGGUGAGAGAUAGAAGAGUGAGGCUGUCCAUAGAAAUCGCCCGCGAGUUCUUUGAUCUUCAAGACAUGCUAGGGUUUGACAAAGCAAGCAAAACCCUAGAAUGGUUGCUUACAAAGUCAAAAAAUGCCAUUAGAGAGCUGGUAAUGAUGAAGCAUGGGAAUGGUUGUAGCGGAUCAGGUCAAAGGAGUUUGUCUUCGAGCCCUGAGUGCGAAAUGGUAGCUCAGAAUGGAGAGCUUGAUAAGGAGGGGACAGCUUUGAAAAGCAAGUCACCCGAGCUAGAAGUCCCUCUUCUUGUAAAAGAGUCAAGAGCAAAGGCAAGGGCGAGAGCAAGGGAAAGGACUAGAGAAAAGAUGUGCACCAGGAAUAGUACUAGUACACAUGAUCAGUGGAAAAGAUGUCCAGAUGCAAGCCCUCAAUUCUUGAACCAAUUAAGGUCUUUGACCCAUCUUGAAGUAUCCAAGAAAUCAGAUCAUUCUUAUGGCCACAACCACAACAUGGCAUCCUCCUUUAAAAUUGUUGCUCAUCAAGUUGAAGAACCUAGGGCUAGUCCCUCCCAGUUUACAAGUGCAGCACCAAGAGAAAAUGUUGUCGAGGAAUCUAUAGUGAUCAAAAGGAAGUUGAAGCCAUCUACAAUUUUGGGUUAUCAACAAAACCUCGCAGCUUCAAAGGAUGUAAGUUGCAACAGCAGUGGCAAUAACUACUUUCCCAAUUUGCCUCAGAAUUGUGACAUCAAUGGUGCAAUGGCACACUACCUUUUGCGCUAUAACUAA